AUGGGCAAUCUACCUCUGGUCGGCCGAAGCCUGGCGAUUUUCGUCACGGCGGCCGUUAUGGUCGGCCUGUCCAUUAUCGCUGUCCUGAUGCGCUGCUUUGUUCGACUGUACGUCGUGCGCGCGUUUGGCUGGGACGAUGGGCUGAUGGUUAUAGCGCUGGCGCUAUUCAUCGCAUUGAGCAUUCUGUGCAUGCUUGGGCCUGAAGCCGGGAUUGGCCAUCGUAUGGUCGACUUUCCCGACCUGGACUCAUUGAAGAAGUCUUUACUGCUAUGGUGGCUAGGCCAGAUGCUAUACCUGUGGUCGUCGGCCGUCGCCAAAGUCGCCAUUGCCUGGGCCCUGCUCCGUAUCGCAGUUCAUCGCUUCCAUCGCGUCAUCAUAUGGAUCGUCAUUGUCGUCGUCAUCUGCAUCGGCUUUGCCUUCUGGGUUAUCCUGCUCUUUGACUGCCAACCCAUCUCGUACUUCUGGGAGCGGCUCAGCUUCCUCACAGCAAGGGGAACGUGCAUGUCAUCGGAUGUCCUGCUCAUCACGGCAUAUGUGUACAGCGGGCUUACAAUCUUCUGUGAUUUCAGCCUGGGCAUACUCCCAAUUUGCUUUAUCUGGAACCUGCAGAUGAAUCGGCGCACCAAGGGGGUGUUGGCGGGCAUUCUCAGCUUGGGCGCAGUUGCGAGUAUCGGUGUCGUUAUCCGAAUGCCAUAUCUAAAGAACUACUCAGACGUGGACUUCCUCUACUCAACAUACCAAAUCGCCAUAUGGUCAAUCAUCGAGACAGGACUAGCCAUUAUAGCCGGCAGCCUCAUCACCCUCCGCCCUCUCUUCCGCUGGUUCCUCGAUGGGACCUCGUCGUACCGCAACCGCAGCGACGGGAAAAGGCACAGCGGUGCAAAAUACGCACUCUCCUCGAUUACACCCAACGAACCAGCUCCGGCACCUGGCUUCAACGACCCGCACUACUGGCGGCCCGAUGUCAAUGCGAACGAGAACACGAUGGUGACGUCUGUGACGGCAUCGGUGGGCCGCAGCAACGAACAUUCCAGCCGGGAAGCCCUAACGCCCUUGAGCGAUGGGAUCGGGCAUGAGCGGCAGCUCAGCGUGGAGAGGACGUUUAGAUUGUCGAGUGGAACGCGGGAUUCGUGGUUUAAUCGGAAUAAUAACUACCUCUAA